CCCUCUGUGUCUUCUUCAGUGGUGUACCUGUGCUGCUCCAAGGACACAUUCCGCAGGCUGAUGGUGCAGUUUUGGAGGGAAGGUCUUCCAGCGGAGGACUACGUGUUCUUCUUCAUGGACCUGUUCGGGCGCAGCCUGGACGAGCAGCCGGCCAGACCCUGGUACCGUGGCGACGAUGACGACCAGGCAGCCAGGGAGGCCUUCAGGAGUGUGAAAAUCUUGACCUACAGGGAACCACAGAACCCAGAGUAUAAGGAGUUUGUCUCUCAGUUGAAGAUAGACGCCGGGGACAAGUUCAACUUCACCAUCGACGACUCACUGAUCAACGGGAUUGCGGGCUCCUUCUAUGACGGAGUGAUGCUCUACUCUCAUGUCUUGAAUGAGACUCUGGAGCAGACCGGGGGGCUCCGCCCACACGGUGAUGUCAUCACCAAGAGGAUGUGGAACAGGACCUACCAUGGAGUAACAGGGCUGGUGGAUAUAGAUGAGAAUGGAGAUCGGGAGAUUGACUUUGCUCUCUGGGAUAUGACUGACACAGACACUGGAGUCUUCCAGAUUGUGUGUGUGUAUAACACUGGGAGGAAGAAGUUGCUUCUGCAACCAGGAAUGGUGAUCCAGUGGCCAGGAGGCUCCGCCCCCCAGGACAUCCCUGACUGUGGCUUCAAGAACGACAACGUGGCCUGCCUCGCCCGCACAGUGACCAUGCACCAAAUGGUGGCUGUUGUGGUGUGCUUCAUCCUCGUCAUCAUCGUCACCGUCACCAUCUUCAUCUACAGGAAGCUGAAGCUGGAGAGUGAGCUGGCUGCUCAGCUGUGGAGGAUCCACUGGGAGGACAUCCAGAUGAACAACAUGGAGAAGGUUCUACGCAGGGCCUGCAGCAGGCUCACCAUCUCCAUGAGAGGCUCCAACUAUGGCUCCCUGUUGACCAUGGAGGGAAACUUCCAGAUCUAUGCCAAGACAGGCUACUACAAGGGCAACAUCACGGCCAUUAAAUACGUCAACAACAAGAAACGCAUUGAACUGACCCGGAAGGUGCUCUUUGAGCUCAAACAUAUGCGUGAUGUUCAGAAUGAACACCUGACCCGCUUCAUAGGAGCCUGCAUCGACCCUCCCAACAUCUGCAUCAUCACCGAGUACUGUCCUAGAGGCAGCCUGCAGGAUCUCAUGGAGAGUGAUAGCAUCACCUUGGACUGGAUGUUUCGAUACUCACUCAUCAACGACAUUGUGAAGGGAAUGGCCUUUCUCCACAACAGCGUGAUUGUAUCCCACGGCAACCUCAAAUCAUCCAACUGCGUGGUGGACAGUCGCUUUGUACUGAAGAUCACUGAUUAUGGUCUGGCCAGCUUCCACAGAGAUUCCAACAUGGACGACACGCACGCCUACUAUGCCCGGAAGCUGUGGACCGCCCCAGAGCUGCUGUGUGCAGAGAGCCCCCCUCCCUGUGGGAGCCAGAAGGGAGACAUCUACAGCUUCAGCAUCGUGCUGCAGGAGCUGGCUCUGCUGCGGGGCGUCUUCUACCUGGAGGGAGACCCGCUCAGCCCCAAAGAGAUAGUAGAGAGAGUGGGUCGAGGCGAGUGUCCGUACCUGCGGCCCUCUCUCUGCUCUCAGAGUCACAGCGAGGAUCUGGCUCAGCUCAUGCAGCGCUGCUGGAGCCAGGACCCCUCUGACAGACCAGAGUUCAACCACAUCAAACUGCUGCUUCGAAAACACAACAGAGGCUAUGGCUCCAACAUCCUGGACAACCUGCUGUCUCGCAUGGAGCAGUACGCCAACAACCUGGAGGAGCAGGUGGAGGAGAGGACCCAGGCCUACCACGAGGAGAAGCGCAAGGCCGAGGCCCUGCUCUACCAGAUACUACCCCACUCAGUGGCGGAGCAGCUGAAGAGAGGGGAGACAGUGCAGGCCGAGGCGUUUGACUCAGUCACCAUCUACUUCAGUGACAUUGUGGGAUUCACAGCCAUCUCUGCGGAGAGCUCCCCCAUGCAGGUGGUGACCCUUUUAAAUGACCUCUACACCUGCUUUGAUGCCAUCAUUGACAACUUUGAUGUUUACAAGGUGGAGACGAUAGGUGAUGCGUACAUGGUGGUGUCGGGGCUCCCGGUGCGGAACGGAAAGCAGCACGGUCGGGAGAUCGCCCGCAUGUCUCUGUCCCUGCUGGAGGCUGUCAAAACCUUCCGGAUCAGACACAGACCCAACCAGCAGCUACGCCUGCGAAUAGGCAUCCACAGUGGUCCAGUGUGUGCUGGGGUGGUGGGUCUGAAGAUGCCAAGGUACUGUCUGUUUGGAGACACAGUGAACACAGCGUCUCGGAUGGAGUCCAACGGAGAAGCUCUGAAGAUCAACGUGUCGGAGGCGACCCGGGCCGUGUUGGAGGACUUCCACUGCUUCCAGCUGGAGCUGCGAGGAGACGUGGAGAUGAAGGGCAAAGGUCGCAUGAGGACCUACUGGCUGCUAGGAGAGAGCAGCCCACACACACCCUGA